CGGAUUCAGAUUCCGGUAGGUGGCAGUGUGGUUUGGUAGAAAUCGCCCAGGACUUUCCGUUGAAGACCUUAUUCGGGCGACCUUAUCCCAAUGGCGUCGCGAAUUCCACCCCUCCUAGACACCUAUCUUCGCCUACCACCUGAAACAUCGCUCUUCCUCUUCAGUGGAGUCUUAGGAUCAACCACGAAUUGGCUUGUCCUCCGUUAUCUGUAUUCUCUACUCUCCAUCCCGUCUGUCUCCGUAGCGGGACAAGGUGGUCUCGACGUAGGCAAAAUAGACGGCGCGAGUGUAGUUCUCGUUAGUUUCUUGCGGGACUACGCUUUCUGGAAGGACGGCGCCGGGAAGCUUGGCGUUGAUCUCGACGUAUUAGCUAGAAAAGGCAAAUUCGUUUUCGUCGACGGUCUCGUCGGCUUGUUUCAGACGCCACCGGCCCACGCGACGAAAUAUUCUUCAGAAAAUGCGCCUGGGAAGGUCUUAUCUAACAUUACACUCCAACAACUGUACAAAGAGCUUGAUGAUGCUAUCGCACGGGUUCAGCGCUCAUCCCCAGAGCAGAAAACAGUUUUGAUUGUCGACCAGUUGGAUAUGCUUCUGGCUGCAUCGGGGGGGCAGGUUUCAAGCCAGGGACUACGAGAGACACUACUUGACAUCCGUGAGAAAGUACACUCAUGUAUUGUCACCAUUUCUGCAGAUGAACCAUUGGUGUCACCACAAGCGACUUCCCUGGAAAAGGAACAUGCGGCACUCACGAUAUCCUUGGCCCAUGACGCCCAUCUUGUUAUUAGUUUGCGGAUGCUAGAUACGGGUACGGCGAGAGACGUAAGCGGCGUUUUGAGGGCCACGCCAGGCUGUGGGAAUGAUGAUAUUGGUAGGGUCGUGGAGGAACAGGAAUUGUUAUACUUCGUCGCUAACGAUGGCGGAGUGCGAGUAUUCGAACGCGGUCAGUGAAUAUUACGCGAGGACCUAAUCAGCGAGUAAUUCAUUUAUAGCACAAACGUAGAUAACAGGGCGCCAAUCCCCAACACUUCAGUCAGGCCAGAGAGCCUCAAGGCCCACACGUAAAAAUCUUAGAGCAGUAUUGCCAUAAUAACC